AUGACGAAGGAAGCCCUGAACCCCGUCCCCAAUAUCAACGUCAUCAAGGCUGUCUGGGAUUACCUGGAGAAACAGAAGCAGGUUGAGAUUGAAAAGCUGGAUUAUCAUCACUACCUGCCUCUUUUCUUCGACGGCCUCUGUGAGACCAGUCACCCAUACGAGUUCUUUGCCAGACAGGGAGUCCACGACAUGCUGGAACAUGGUGGAACAAAGAUCCUUCCUGUCAUCCCCCAGCUUAUCAUCCCUAUCAAAAAUGCCCUGAACACCCGGAACAAGCAUGUUAUCUGUACCACACUGAAAAUCCUGCAGCAUCUUGUCGUAUCGGGAGAGAGGGUGGGUGAGGCGUUGGUUCCCUACUAUCGUCAGAUAUUGCCUAUUCUCAACCUUUUUAAAAACAUGAACGUAAACUCAGGAGAUGGGAUUGACUACAGUCAGCAGAAACGAGAAAAUAUCGGCGACCUCAUAAACGAGACGCUGGAGGUGUUCGAACGGUUUGGAGGGGAAGAUGCAUUCAUCAACAUCAAGUAUAUGGUCCCCACGUACGAGUCCUGUGUACUAAAUUAAGCAAAUAGAAAAAAAGGAAUGUGCUGAAGGACUGAAGUCUUCCUGCUCUUUUUCAAAAUCAUCCUAAUAUUUUUCAGAUAAUUAAAAUGUUAUUUGAAAUAGAAUCUUUUGCAGGAAGUACAUUAUUGAUGGUUAAAACAAGUUAGAAGAUGGUAGAAUUGAAUUAACAUUGCACUUCCAUUUUUCAUCUUUAUUUGAUUUGAUAUUUCAUCUUUAAAGAUCUCUAGUCCCUAUAGUACCUCGACAGCAGGUAAUGUCCAUUUUAUUAAGGAGUACGCUACAGAAAUUAGCUGAGCGUUUAUGAAAAAUCUGUUGAUGUACACACACAAUAAUAUUGCCUGCAAACACUGAAUUGUUUCUUCAAUAAAAACAUUCAUUUUGGA